ACCACAGCUGCUCCGACAACAACCACAGCUGCUCCCACAACAACCACUGUUGUUCCCACAACAACCACAGCUUCUCCCACAACAACCACAGCUGCUCCCACAACAACCACAGCUGCUCCGACAACAACCUCAGACGUUCCAUCAACAACCACAGUGGCUCCAACAACAACCACAUCUGCAACCACAACAACUACAGUGGCUCCAAUAACAACCACUGCUUCUCCCACAACAAACACAGCUUCUCCCACAACAACCACAGCUUCUCCCACAACAAUCACAGCUGCUCCCACAACAACCAAAGAUUCACCCACAACAACCACAGCUGCUCCCACAACAACCACAGAUGUUCCAACAACAACCACAGCUGCUCCAACAACAACCACAGCUGCUCCAACAACAACCACAAUUGCACCCACAACAACCACAGCUGCUCCCACAACAACCACGGUUGCUCCCACAACAACCACAGCUUCUCCCACAACAACCACAGCUGGUCCAACAACAACCACAGAUCCACCCACAACAACCACAGCUGCUCCCACAACAACCGACGAUGCUCCCACAUCCACCACAGUGGCUCCAACAACAACCACAUCUGCAGCAACAACAACAAAAUUGGCUCCAACAACAACCACAGUGGCUCCCACAGCUACUCCCACAACAACCACAGAUGUUCCAACAACAACCACAGCUGCUCCAACAACAACCACAGAUGUUCCAACAACAACCACAGCUGCUCCGACAACAACCUCAGAAGUUCCAUCAACAAUCACAGUGGCUGCAACAACAACCACAUCUGCAACCACAACAACUACAGUGGCUCCAACAACAACCACUGCUUCUCCCACAACAACCACAGCUUCUCCCACAACAACCACAGCUUCUCCCACAACAACCACAGUUUCUCCCACAACAACCACAGCUGCUCCGACAACAACCACAGCUGCUCCGACAACAACCACAGAAUCUCCCACAACAACCACAGAUGCACCCACAACAACCACAGCUGCUCCAACAACAACCACAGAUGUUCCAACAACAACCACAGCUGCUCCAACAACAACCACAGACGUUCCGACAACAACCACAGCUGCUCCGACAACAACCUCAGACGUUCCAUCAACAACCACAGUGGCUCCAACAACAACCACAUCUGCAACCACAACAACUACAGUGGCUCCAAUAACAACCACUGCUUCUCCCACAAAAAACACAGUUUCUCCCACAACAACCACAUCUUCUCCCACAACAACCACAGCUGCUCCCACAACAACCACAGAUGCAGCCACAACAACCACAGAUGCACCCACAACAACCACAGCUGCUCCAACAACAACCAUAGACGUUCCGACAUCAACCACAGCUGCUCCGACAACAACCUCAGACGUUCCAUCAACAACCACAGUGGCUCCAACAACAACCACAUCUGCAACCACAACAACUACAGUGGCUCCAAUAACAACCACUGCUUCUCCCACAACAAACACAGUUUCUCCCACAACAACCACAGCUGCUCCCACAACAACCACAGCUGCUCCCACAACAACCACAGAUGCAGCCACAACAACCACAGCUGCUCCCACAACAACCACAGAUGUUCCAACAACAACCACAGCUGCUCCAACAACAACCACAGCUGCUCCAACAACAACCACAGAAUCUCCCACAACAACCACAGAUGCACCCACAACAACCACAGCUGCUCCAACAACAACCACAGAUGUUCCAACAACAACCACAGCUGCUCCAACAACAACCACAGAUGUUCCGACAACAACCACAGCUGCUCCGACAACAACCUCAGACGUUCCAUCAACAACCACAGUUGCUCCAACAACAACCACAUCUGCAACCACAACAACUACAGUGGCUCCAAUAACAACCACUGCAUCUCCCACAACAAACAAAGCUUCUCCAACAACAACCACAGCUGCUCCGACAACAACCACAGAAUCUCCCACAACAACCACAGAUGCACCCACAACAACAGCUUCUCCCACAACAACCACAGCUGGUCCAACAACAACCACAGCUGCUCCCACAACAACCACAGCUUCUCCCACAUCUACCACAGUGGCUCCAACAACCACAUCUGUAGCAACAACAACAACAUUGGCUCCAACAACAACCACAGUGGCUCCAACAACAACCACAGAUGCACCCACAACAACCACAGCUGCUCCCACAACAACCACAGAUGUUCCAACAACAACCACAGCUUCUCCCACAACAACCACAGCUGCUCCGACAACAACCACAGAAUCUCCCACAACAACCACAGAUGCACCCACAACAACCACAGCUGAUCCCACAACAACCACAGCUGCUCCAACAACAACCACAGAUGCACCCACAACAACCACAGCUGCUCCCACAACAACCGAAGAUGCUUCCACAUCCACCACAGUGGCUCCAACAACAACCACAUCUGCAGCCACAACAUCAACAGUGUCUCCAACAACAACCACAGAUCCACCCACAACAACCACAGAUCCACCCACAACAACCACAGAUGCACCCACAACAACCACAGAUGUUCCAACAACAACUACAGCUUCUCCCAAAACAACCACAGCUGCUCCAACAACAACCACAGAAUCUCCCACAACAACCACAGAUGCACCCACAACAACCACAGAUGUUCCAACAACAACCACAGCUGCUCCAACAACAACCACAUUUGCACCCACAACAACCACAGAUGCACCCACAACAACCACAGCUGCUCCAACAACAACCAUAGACGUUCCGACAUCAACCACAGCUGCUCCGACAACAACCUCAGACGUUCCAUCAACAACCACAGUGGCUCCAACAACAACCACAUCUGCAACCACAACAACUACAGUGGCUCCAAUAACAACCACUGCUUCUCCCACAACAAACACAGUUUCUCCCACAACAACCACAGCUGCUCCCACAACAACCACAGCUGCUCCCACAACAACCACAGAUGCAGCCACAACAACCACAGCUUGGCUCCAACAACCACAUCUGUAG